AACCCUAAAUUUCACUUCCUCGUCCCGCCGCUCCCUGCAAAUUCUUGGAACCCAGUUCUCCAUCGUUCGCAGACGAAAUGACGACCCGAUUCAAGAAGAACAGGAAGAAGCGCGGUCACGUGAGCGCCGGCCAUGGUCGUAUCGGCAAGCACCGUAAGCAUCCUGGUGGUCGUGGUAACGCUGGAGGUAUGCACCAUCACAGAAUCCUGUUUGACAAAUACCAUCCUGGUUAUUUUGGAAAAGUUGGUAUGAGGUACUUCCACAAGCUCCGAAACAAAUUCUAUUGCCCCAUUGUAAACGUCGACAAGCUCUGGUCCCUCGUCCCCCAGGAAGUGAAGGACAAGGCUUCUAAGGAUAAUGCCCCUUUGGUUGAUGUUACCCAGUUUGGGUAUUUCAAAGUUUUGGGCAAAGGGGUUUUGCCCGAGAACCAGCCCAUCGUUGUGAAAGCCAAGCUCAUCUCGAAAAUUGCAGAGAAGAAGAUCAAGGAGAAUGGUGGUGCUGUUGUCCUAACGGCUUAGGUUUAUUGGGUAACUCUUAGUUCUAUGGUUUUGUUUCCAAAUUAAUUCUGAUAUUUCUUGUGGGGUUCUUCGAAGUAUUGGAUUAAUGUUAUCAAACUUGUUUCAGUUUUCUCCACUUUGAACUCAGUCAAUUUUGAAUGUUUUUCUUGAAUUAUCAUUCUACUUUGAUGUUAUACAUUGUUAAUUUCGCUAA